GUUAAAAGUUAAGGAGUGUGACAGGAGGCAACAUAUAUAUAACGUACUUUAUGAUCGCAAUACUGAGCAUAUGGAAUGUGAAUGUAGUCGGUGGAGUAGUGAAGGCAUUCCUUGCAGCCACAUGUUUUGUGCAAUGAAAAGGGUAGGUUUACAGAAGUUGCCAGAUAGUCUUCUUUUGAAAAGAUGGUCGAAGGAUGCCAAGAAGUAUCUGGAUGAAAGUUCCCAAGGAUGCACUACGCAAGACAGAGAAAGAAUUUUUAAUGCGCUAUGGCGCAUUGUCAGUGGUAGCUACGUGGAUGGUAUUCUUAGGAGCUUAAGAUGGUCCUUCUUUCCAUGACACUAUGAAUGAAGUCUGUCGUUGCACCCAAACACUAGAACAAAAAUCUGGCUUGAAAAGACAAACAAGAGAUUCUCCCAUGCUAAACUUUGUUGGUGACCUUUCAGUGGUCAAGACAAAAGGAUCACCCAAGGGGAAAAAGGAGAGGGGUAAACGGAGGUGCACUAAAUGCAACGGUGCUAGUCAUGUAAAGAAUAAAUGUCCUGUGAGGAAUGACGGUGACGAUGUGGGUGAUAAGACUGGUAGUGGCGCACAAGCUAGCGUUGGUACUGAAGAGGAGCUUCCCAAGGACCCUGUGGCUUCUCAAGAGACAUUAGCAGCGCUAAAUACAGAAGUAAAUGCAUCUGUACAGCAAGAGUUUGGGCUAGGUGAUUCAGGAUUGAUUAAUGGCCAUGAGACUCCCAUCCCACCGUAUGGAAGUCAUCAUCAGUGGCUAUUACAUGUAUAAAUAAUAAGAGAUGAAUAAUUGCAUUGUUGAAACUUAGUGUUUUGGUAAGUUUUAAACUAUUUGAAAUCACAUUAUGAUUCGCUGAAGUCCUUUUUAUUUCUCUCAAAUUUGUUUGUGCUGUGGAGAACAGGUUCUACAACUAGGACAUUAUUCGAAGUUCAAUGGGAUGCAGUAGCAUGUACUUGUAUAUACUCAUGAGAGUAUGGUUUAAGAUGUUAGUUAAAUUCUUGGAUUUCAAAUAGUAGUGCUUUGAGAUUGAUAUAAUUUUUUUAUAAUUAAAUUUUAAGAUAUUUAUCAUAACUUGUCAUCGUUACACUCGGCUUAAAUGUGCAGAAGGAUUCAAUAGUUUUGAUUUAUAUAGUUAAAAUCUUAUUGAUUCUUA